UACCAUUCUCCGAUUACCCCUUUCGAAUUUCUUUUCCUUGAAGUCAUCUGGACAAAGUACGCUUCCCUUCCUACUCUUGGAUCAGGAAAUGUGGACUGCGAACCGCGCUCCCACCCGACCCCAACGAACAGGAUCUAUCCACUCCGUCGCGUCGGCUGUCAGUCGACCCACGUCCAUGACCUCUCCUCAACUCUUACGUCAGCCGUCCCGCUCAACAGGCUACGAGUCCGACCAGUCCUCCGAUACAGCUGCCGAAGACGAAUACGCCAGCUUUCCCCAGGUCCCCAACACCAGCGUGCCCCCCAUGUGGCAAGGCGGAAGGCAGAAUUCUGGCACUGCGGUUAGCAGGCUAAGCCAGAAGUUUGCCGGGGCGAACGUGAGCGUCGCAGAGGUCGCCGCACCGGCACCACUGAGGACACAGCAUUCGCAUCGACAGGACAGGGCGGAGAGCUCGCCGGAUGAUGACACGCAUUCCCGCUCGUCUACUCUCAACGGCGACGACCAGGACUACGAGUUCCCGGAGAAGACACCCACAUCACUUCCCAAACCAUCCAAGCUUCCUAAACCCUCCUCUAGGCCCUCUUCCAAGAAAAUGGACAAGGUCGACGACGCGCCCUCCGCGUCUCCGCCCGCACCACAUCUCCCCGGCCCACUAGAGUCGCAACUCGCCGCCCUGAUGUCCAAGAUUAUAUUCAUGGAGCGCAAGAACCCCGUCGCUUCCGUCACCCCAGAAGACUACGAGGACAUGUCCAAGCGCCUGAAGGCCCUCGAGGAGGAGAAAAAGAGCUGGACGAAGCGCCACGAGGCCAUCUGGGCCCUGCGAGACGAGGACGUAGAGAACAACAUCAAGAUCCGGGGCAUGCUAGCCAAGGCGCGCCGCGAGCUCGAAGGCAUGACGAAGCUGCGCGACGAAGACCUCGUCAAUGUGCAGAUCGUGCGGUCCAAGCUCGCAGAAACCACGCGUCAGCUCGAGCGGCUGCAAGCACAGAACGGCGGCUCGAACGGGCGCGCCAGCCCGAUAAGAGGCCGCCCCGGCAGCAUGUUCAUAGAGCGCCGCGACACAACGGACCUCUUCGCCGCCGCCAAAGCGGCUGCCCUCGAGCAGCGCGCGCUCGAGCUCGAGAAGCGCAACUCCGAUCUGCUCAGCCAGAUCGAGAUGCUCAAGGGCGGCGCGAGCAUCGACGACAUCAACCGCAUGACGGCGCACAAGGCGUGGAAAGACACGGUCAACGACCUCGAGGCGAAGGUCAAAGCCAAGGACGCGGAGAUGGCGCGCAUGCGCGCCGGCGGCGCGGCCCCUUCCGGAGCAUCGGCAUCGUCUUCAGGAGCAGUGGACUGGCACCGCGUGGAGGCGCUGCACGAGGAACACGCGGGCUAUCGCGAGCGGAUGGGCGGGAAGCUGCAGCAGCUGCGGUCGGAGAAGGAGGUCCUGCAGCGAGAGUUGCAUCGCAAGGAGGACGAGUGCCAUGCGCUGGAAGUCAAGGUGCUGAGUUUGCAGAGGAGGGUUGGGGUAAUGUAAUGGUUGGUAGAAGGAAUGAGGGGAGGGGUAGCCUUGCG